AUGAAGGUAAACCCAGGGAAAGGCGAGACUCUUUUAAUUAUUCAAAUCAUAUGCCUGUCUUUUACAUUACUUUUAGUGGGCCUAAGGGUCUAUACUAAAAGGAAGAUUUUAGACGGGAAUAAAUGGGAGGACUACCUGAUGUAUUUUGCUCUUCUUCUAUACAGUACGCAGAGUGCAUUUGUAAUGCAUGGUGUAAUUUUAGGAGGCGUAGGUCAACCAAUAUCACAAUUAACAAGUUCUCAGAUUAGCAUAGCGCUCCAAGCGUGGUAUGUUGGCGAGUCGAUUUAUGGGCCGCUAUCAGCUGUUGUUAGGACCUCUAUCGGCAUAUUUAUAUUACGUCUCUCAGCCAAAACGACAAAGGCAGGACAGGUCAAAUUUGUUUUAUGGGUUUCUCUUGGCCUUACAUGGUGUUUUACAGUUGUAUACCUAUUUAUUAAUGUCUUCCAGUGUUCACCUGUCUCUUUCUAUUGGAAACAGAUUGAAGAGCAGGAUAUCCAUGGUUCAUGUUCAAAUUCAAAGCGAGUACCAAUUGCCGCUAUCUGCCAUAGCGCCUUUGCGGCUCUUUGCGACAUUGUUCUUGGAGUUCUACCAGCUUGGACUCUCUGGGGGGGGGAGUUCGAGCCUCAUAAACGCUUUGGUCUUAUUCUUCUUCUUAGUUUUGGUAUAUUGGCCGGUUUCGUGAUGAUAGUGAGGAUACCAUUUAUCCGUAUCUUGGAAGUCUCCACCGACUUCCUUGCUGAGACCGUUGACGUUGCGAUUUGCUCUAUUAUAGAGCCAUGCCUUGGAAUUGUGGCAGGCUGUCUUCCAACUGUCUGGUGCUUACGAGGAAAAAUUAAGCGAUGGCGGUGUGGACAAAGACUGGUUCAAAAUCGUUCAACUCGCGAUUCAGCUCUCAUUAGUACUAAUUAUCCACCACAAUAA